GUCCCCCAUGAUAUGAUUACAUGUUAAGAAUUUAAGAUUAUUUAAUAUUUAUGAAUAUUAUAAUUUAUAAUAAUAAAAUAUUAAUUUCAUUAAGUUAAAGAAUAUUUAAAUUUUUAAUAGAGAUUAUUAAAAAAUAGUUACAACGGUUUAAUGUUUUCAGCUUAAUGUUAUUAACAAGUUUUUUUUCUUACUUCAGUUCAUGAGUCUUGUAGAACGUGUGACAUCUUACGAUUUUUGGUAUUUUUUUGUUGUUUUGCAUUUGUGACAUACAUACAAUUCAAUUAUGUCUGCUACUACUCGGAACAUUCGUCACCAAACACUGGAACAACAAAAACAACUAUUGGAAAUGAAGAUGAGGCAGGUCAGACAAACUCCACAGAUAAUAAAAGCAUCAGAUAAUGUCAUGCCAAGUGCAAGAAUAAGGCCUAAAUCUGCUAGGCCACUAGAGAUGAAUUGUUAUGAUGGUCCAUUAACAUAUGCUAUGAUGAAUUGCAGUCCAGACUCCAGUGAUAUAUUAGGUGUAUCAAGGCAUUCUAUUAAUCAUGAUGUUAUUGAAGAUAUGAGAAAAGAAGUAGCUGAGAUGACUGUUGACGAACGUAGGGUAUCUGAAGAUACUGAAGAUGAAGAAUCUUGUUCUAUUUCUCCAGUUAAAAAUUUAAGUUCAAUACACAUUAAAGAAAACAGCCCAUUUAUUUAUCCUUCUUCGACCAUUACUGAUACUAAUGAAUUGGAAGGAGAUGUGUAUGGAAAUUUAGAUACAUUUGUCCUGGAACCUGCCGCCCAAGGUGUUCAUUUUAAAUGUCGUAUAACUAGAGAUAAAAAAGGCAUGGAUCGAGGGUUAUAUCCUACUUAUUAUUUACAUUUAGACAAAGGAAAUGGAUCAAAAAUUUUUUUAUUGGCUGCUCGUAAACGUAAAAAAAGUAGAACAUCAAAUUAUCUAAUAUCAACAGAUCCAACUGAUUUAUCUAGAGGAGGUGAUUCAUUUGUUGGUAAGCUUAGAUCAAACCUAAUUGGUACUCAGUUCACUGUCUAUGAUAAUGGUACGUCACCAUAUAAGUCGUCUGUAGAAGGAGUUCAGGAAAGACAAGAAUUAGCAGCUGUAGUAUAUGAAACAAAUGUGCUAGGAUUCAAGGGACCGCGUAAAAUGACUGUUGUCAUACCAGGUAUGAAUAAAAACCACCAAAGAGUUAAAGUCGCCACUACUGAUAACUAUAGUUCACUAUUAGAAUGUUAUCGAACAAAAAAUAUGGAUGAUCUGAUAGAAUUACAUAACAAAACACCACAGUGGAAUGAAGAAACUCAAUCAUAUGUUCUUAAUUUUCAUGGGCGAGUUACACAGGCUUCAGUUAAAAACUUUCAAAUUGUUCACGAUAAUGAUGUUGAUUACAUUGUCCUGCAAUUUGGUCGAAUUUCAGAUGAUCUCUUUACAAUGGAUUACAGAUAUCCAUUGUGUGCAAUGCAAGCAUUUGCUAUCACUUUAAGUAGUUUUGAUAGCAAAUUAGCUUGUGAAUAGUUAUAAUACAUUUUACUUCAAUUUUAAAAUUCUAAAAAUUCAUCAAGUUUUGAUUUUAAAUCUCAUACUUAAUGAUUUUAGUUAACUAUAAUUUUUUUUAUUUCCUUUCACCUACUUAUUUAUAUUUUUGCACCAAAAAUUUCAAUUUAUUCUAGUCUUUAUUCAUUACAUAUUAUUAUUUAGUAUUUUUUAUGUGUUAAAAUUAAAUUUAUAAUUUUUAAUGAAUGCCAUGGAGUAAUUAUAUUAUUUAAAAAUUGAAUCCUUUUUUAUAUUAUUAUUUAAUGGAAUAUUAUGAUAUUUAUUUACAUUGAUUGUUUGAACACUGCCAUUAAUAAUGUUAACAUUAUGAGCUGAAAAGUUUUGAAUAAAGGUUGUUUUAAUGUAAUAUUUACUACUUAAAAUUGUACUGUGCUGGAUAAAUAUUUCAAUACGAGUAUUAUUAUUUUAUUUUGUAUUAAUAUUAUAAAUUUCUUUUUUUAAUAAUUUUAAAUCUCAUAUUUUAAAUUAAACACCUUUUAAUGUUAUUGUUACUUAAAAUUUGUAACUUACCGAAACUGGUAUUUUAUUUUGUUGUUAAUUCAUUCAAGUUAAAUUAUUAAUUAAUUAUAAGAAUUAUUUAUAAGAUAUUUUUCAAUUUAAUUUUGGCUGGUUAAAGCAUUAAAAUAAUGGGGGAGGGGGGGCUAAAUUAUUUGGUACAUACAAAAUAAUAGAGAAAAUAGUCUUCACUUAUAAAUAUGCAGGUGCAACACAGAAAUACUGUUGAUUAUAAAUUAUAAGGUUUAAUAUCCAUAGAAAUAUGCCAAUUCAAUUAAAAAAAAAACUAUGAUUUGUGUUCCUAAAAAUAUUUAUUUUUAUUAGUUCAUUUGUCCUUUACUAGUCUAUGUAUACUCAUAUACUCUAUUAUUUUUAUAUUAAAUUAAAUAAUGACAUUAACUUAGGUAUUCUAAUUUUCCCAAAUCAAAUUUUAAAUUAUUCUUAUGCAACUUAGAAUGUACAGUAUACAAUCUCUGCAUAUUUGUUUUUACUUUUAUAAAAUUGUGUAUUAGUAAUAUUUUAUUAUUUAAUACAUUUAUAUAAACUGCGGCAAUUUUUAUAUCAUACAUUAUUUUGAUUAAUAAAUAAUUUUGUUAUGUUUAAGUUUUGUAAUUGUCCUCAUAUCACAAAUAUCACAUAUCUAUUUUGCACUAAUUGUACCAACUAUACUUUAUAUUAGGCUAAUUGGUAAUUGUGUAUACAAACAAAAGUGCCUUACACUUGUGCCUUACAUUACUAAAUAAUUAUACAUUUUUUUAAAUUAUACAUCAUAUUGUUUAUGUAAAUGUUUAAUUGUAAAAUAAAUAAAAAGUAUUAAAAAAAACUAA